AUGGCUGAUAAUGUUGAAUUCAAUGAACCCGUUGAACCCAUUAUCGAUAAUUUUGAUCUUAUCUUUCUUUGCAUCCUCGGUGCUUGCACCUUACUUUAUUUUUAUCGAGAUACUUUGUUCGGUAGUAAGAAGGAACCUGUUGAUUCACAAGUUUCUCCAACCACUACAUUAAAGCCAGCAAAACCAAAGAAAAGUAAAGACUUUAUUAAGAAAAUGAAAGAAACCGAUAAAAAUGUUGUAAUGUUUUUCGGUUCUCAAACCGGUACAGCUGAAGAUUAUGCUUCACGUUUAGCAAAAGAAGGUCAACAACGAUUUGGAGAACCUACCGACGAUGCAGUAGAAUUUUGGGAUUUAAUUAAUUCCGAAACUCCCGAAUUUUCCAAACAAAUACCUAUAGAAGAUAAACCAUUAUCAAAUCUUCGUUUUGUAAUAUUUGGAUUAGGAAAUAAAACUUAUGAACAUUUUAAUGAAGUAGGAAAACGGACUAAUGCUAAAUUUAUUGAAUUCGGAGCUAAAAGAAUUGGGGAACCAGGUGAAGGUGAUGAUGAUGGUAGUUUGGAAGAAGAUUUUUUAGGAUGGAAAGAAGAUAUGUGGAAAGCUGUUUGUGAUGAAAUGGGUAUUGAUCAAAAUGAAGUUCAAUCUGGUGCUCGUAUUCCUACGUAUAAUAUCACUGAAUUAGAGGAUUGUGAUAUUGAUCAAGUUUAUUUUGGUGAACAUAGUGAACAUGCUUUAAUUUCUAACUCAGAUGUACCAUAUGAUCAAAGAAAUCCUUACCCAUCAAAAAUAAUAAAUUCUCGUGAAUUAUUUAAUUCAUCUGAUCGUAAUUGUAUUCACAUGGAAUUUGAUAUUAAAGAUUCAGGCAUUACGUAUCAAUCUGGUGAUCAUGUAGCGAUUUGGCCUAUUAAUCCAGAACAAGAAGUUUAUCGAUUACUUAAAGUAUUAGGUCUUUGGGAAAAGAAAGAUACUAUUGUAACAGUUGAGAGUACUGAUCCAUCAGCAUCGAAAAAGCAUCCAUUUCCAGUUCCUACAACUUAUGCUACAAUUUUUAGAUAUUAUUUAGAUAUUCAUACACCAGCUUCACGUCAAUUUUUAGCUACAUUAGCUAGUUAUGCACCUACUGAAGAAGGAAAAUCUAAACUUACAAUUUUAGGUCAAGAUAAAGAAACAUAUAAAACAGAAGUAAUGGAUGCACAUUUAACACUUGGUGAAAUAUUAGAAGAUAUUAGUCCCAAUGGUAAACCACUUGAUACCAUUCCUUUAGAUUUAAUUAUUGAAACGUUACCUAGAUUACAAUCUAGAUAUUAUUCAAUUUCUAGUUCACCUAAAGUUACUCCAGAUACAAUUCAUAUUACAGCAUCAAUUUUAACAUUUAAUCCUAUUAGCAAAUCACAAAAAACUGUUUAUGGAUUAGCAACAAAUUAUAUACAUCAAGUUCAUCGUAAACUUAGAAAUAUUCAACAUCCUGAUAACGCACCAUAUUAUUUAUAUAAUGGACCUAGAAAUAAAUAUUAUGAAGAAGAUAAUAAUAAUAUAAAAUUCGCGAUACAUGUUAGAAGAUCAAAUUUCAAAUUACCUAAAAAUCCCAAAACACCUAUAGUAAUGGUAGGUCCAGGUACAGGAGUUGCACCAUUUCGAGGAUUUAUAAUUGAAAGAGCUAAAUAUAAAGAAGAAGGUUAUGAUUUAGGUGAUACAGUUUUAUUUUUUGGAUGCCGGAAUAGUAAUAUUGAUUUUUUAUAUAAAAAUGAAUUUGAAGAACUUUUUAAUAUACUUGGUGAAAAUUCAAAAUUAAUUACAGCAUUUUCAAGAGAACAAGAGAGUAAAGUAUAUGUACAACAUCGUCUUUUAGAACAUCAAAAAUAUAUAUGGGAUUUAAUUUAUACUCGAGCUGCUCAAUCAUGUGGUGAAAUGAGUGAAGAAGAUGCCACAGUUUAUAUUAAAGAUUUAAGGAGUCAAGGAAGAUAUCAAGAAGAUGUAUGGAGUUAA